UAAUUAUUCCCGAAAGAUGCGGAAUAUGCCCGGAGGUAGUACGAAAUGGGGGAGUACCUAGCUAGAGCCUGGACACUGGUGGUGCUGGUAAAUGCAAUGGCGCCAUACACACCAGUAGUGAGAUACAAGUGUUGCCUGCCUGCCCAACUGGUACCACUACCACCCCUCCCCCGUACGGCCUGCCCCGUGCGCUGGUGUUGCUCGGCCAGGCCCCAUCUGCUUUUAAUUUCUUUUCACUUCACCUGAUAGAUACACUUUCCCCCGCUACUGUAGCUUGGCGAGAGGGGGAAUGCCAUUCCAUUAGGGUUGCAAGGGAUUUGGCAGAGGCGAUCGCGCGCAAGGGAUGAUGCAAUCCAGCCACCAGCCGCCGCCGAGCGAUGUCCAUCAGCAGCAGCAGCAGCAGCAAAGCCCGAGAGGAGGAGGAGGAGGUAUGACACCAAAGCUCUCCCUUGUUGGCCACUACGCAUCCCCCGCGGCGGCGGCAACCUGCCAUGGAUUCUCCAUUCUGGGAGCUCUAGAACCCCAGGCCCCUCCGCCGCCGGCUCACCAUCACCACCACCACCACCACCAGCAGCCUCCGCCCCCGCCGCUGCCGCAGCAUCAACCGCAUUUCCACCACCAGAUGCCCGCUCCCCAAAACGCCUUCCAGAAUCUCCUCCACCAGGGCUUCCUUCUCACCGCCGGCCAGCAGGGCUACAAUCUCCAGCUCGCCGCCCCUCAGCAGGUCCUCCAGGGCCUCAUGGAAGACCUGAUCAAGCUCAGUCCCCCCGGGAGCCCGCCAAUAGAAGGCCGUGGUGGUGGCGGCAUCCACCCCCAGCAGCAGCAGCAGCAGCAGCAGCACUACACCCUCGUCUCCCUGCUGGAGCAAAAGACCGAUCAGCUCCAGGCGCUGGUUCACUCGCUAUCGCAGGCCAGCCAGCACAACGGCGGCGUCGUCCAGGCCCAUGCAGCCAUGACUGCCGCGCGGAUCGCUUCCAACAUAUCGCAGCUUGCUCUCGCCGUCAUUGGGGUCCUUCCCAACGCGCAGCCCUCGCCGUGCCUGCUGCCCGACAUGCAAUUGGGUGCUCCACUCGGCUUCAACACCCUGGCCGCUCCCACUCCCGCCGCGGCCGUCCGGAAUCCACUUCCGGUGGUGGAGCAUCGCCAGCAGCAGCCGCAACCGCAGCAGCCCCAGGCGCCGCAGCAACAAGAUUCGCCCUGUCAGCCCCACGCUUUCAACCUGGAAGCCAUCCAUCAGCCACCACUUGCGAGCAAGGCCGUGGUGGUGGCGGAGAGAGAAAGUGAGGCAGCGGCGCCCCCAGCAGCCGCAGCACCACCUCCACCUCCACCACCCCCGCCGGCGGCGAUGGAAGAUUGCGGCGACUCAGGGGCGGGGUCCAGGGACGACGACGACGGCGACGACGCGGAGGACCUUGUGCCUGGCUCCUACGAUCUCGUGGAAAUGAACGCAGUGGAGAUCCUCGCGGAGCACACGCACUUUUGUGACAAGUGUGGCAAAGGUUUCAAGCGGGACGCCAACCUGAGAAUGCACAUGCGCGGGCACGGCGAGCAGUACAAGUCGCCCGCUGCUCUGGCGAGGCCGGAUAAGGUUGCCACGGAUCCAUCGCUGCUCCGGCCCAGGCGCUACUCGUGCCCGUACGCCGGAUGCAAGAGGAACAAGAAGCACCGCAAGUUCCAGCCGCUCAAGACGGUGCUGUGCGUCAAGAAUCACUACCGGCGGAGCCACUGUCCAAAGUCUCUCACCUGCAGCAAGUGCAAGAGCAAAAAGUUCUCGGUGGUGGCGGACCUUAAGACGCACGAGAAGCACUGCGGCCGGGAUAAGUGGCAGUGCUCGUGUGGCACCACCUUCUCCCGGAAGGACAAGCUGCUGGGGCAUAUCAGCUUGUUCCAGGGCCACACGCCGGCGCUGCCUCUCCACGAGAUCGCGGAGGCGUCUCCGGCAUCGGCUUCAACUUCGGCAGCAGCGGAGCAAGGCAGCGUUGGCGGGGACGAGCAGCAGCGCGCGGAGUAGCUCCAUCACGCAGGGCUUUUCUUUUCAGCUGCUCGUAGUGACGACUAAAAAUCAUCUAAAUGCAGGUGCGUGCGUGGCUGCUUGGUUUGAAGCUUGUCGUGGUAUAGGAGUGCUGUAUAUCUAGUUAGAAUGGAGGAGAUGCAAGGAGGAUAGAACGUUAGAGCACGAGAAGUUACCUGGACCUGGAACUCAUCCUCCUCGCCUUGUACUGGAUGCACCUCUAUCCAGCAUCUUUUAUAGGUAGCGUCGUCCUCCAUACAGAUAGGCAGGCAGUGUGUGCGGCUACAGGGAAUGAAUGCCGGAGGGUAUCGUAACUGUCACUCGUUCCAGACAGUUGGUUUAGUUAAAACUAGAUUGCUCA